CACGCAGAAGAGAGAAGAGGUCGGAUUGUGGAACGGAUAGAGCGGUAGUGGCUCUGGCAGCAGCAACACGUAGUACACGGUAGCACCGCGACGAGAACGCACACGGUUUAUACCACGUCGCUUUAGUAGUCAGUAGACUCGCUUCGAGCCAGUUUCACUCGGUCCAGUGGCGCAGUCGCGUUACACGUAUAUAUUUUUUUCGUAUCUUCAACUACUACCAGCAUCAUCACUACUACAUCACCAUUACCAAUUACUACCAACGUCGUUGUUAUCACCACCUGCACCGUUGAGUGUGUCAACAUACAUACGUAACGUCAGCAGGAUCACCGAGUCAUCGGGUUGCUCCUGGGAGAUAAGUUACAGAAGAAAACGUAUAUAUCUUCGAGACGGCGCGAGAAUGAAGCUGUGGUGGAGUUUGGCGCUGGUCGGUGUCGCCCUCUUGAUGAUCAUUGUUACCGCCAGAGCGGAAUCUGAUCUCUGGGAAGAAGACGAUAAGGAAGUACUUGUGAGAACCGUUCGUGGCACUAAAGAACGAGCAUCCGGCAGUACUUCGUCGUGCAGAUACGUGAAGGGUCAAUGGUCGGAGUGCGACUCGAAAACCAACACUCGGUCCCGAACACUGAACCUUAAAAAGGGCGACAAGUCGUGCGAGCAGACCAAGACCAUCCAGAAAAAAUGCAAAAAAGCUUGCCGGUACGAAAAGGGCACGUGGAGCGGAUGCGUGAAUCAGCUGAUGACAAGAGUGGACAAUUUAAAAGCGAACAGUGAUACUUCAUGCGAAAAAACGCGUCGAUUGACCAAGAGGUGUAAACCGGAAACCAACACCAAAAAAUCACCCAAAGGAGAACGAGCAAGCAAGAAGUCGGGUAAACAAUAAAUGAGGAAAAUUGUCGAUCAAUCACUUAAUGGAGUACGCAGCGAUCUGUUCCAUAACAGGCAACGAAAAUACUAUCUUGUCUUUUUCACGUGAACUCUAAUUUUCAAAUGAACAGAGAAGGAAUGUAUUUUAAGUAUUGACAAUGAUUAUAAUUGAAAAAGAAAUUUCAAUACGAUCAUAAAAUCUGACUUUUAAACGUUUGAACGUUACUGUCAGUACAUGCUCCAUCGAUAAUAAUUAUCGAUUACAUGUUGGCUAUUUUCAGAAUUACUUCCAUUAUAUGUGGCCAAAUAUUAAUAAUUGCUAUACGAAUAUAUUAAAGAGUAUAGCUGGAUUCAAUAAUGUUUUUUUUUUUUUUUUUACAAUUCUGUUAACUCUGUAAUUGCUGUGUAUCGAUUUAUUUGAAUAUUAUCGAUCUUGUCCUCGAUACAGUGACAUAAUUAAAACAUUAAAAAUUAUUAAUUAUUCUUUGAUAUUGUAAUGAAUUUUUUUUCUUUCUUUUGUCAAAAAUAAUCUUUUGCCAAUUUUAAAUGAGUAAUCCGAUAAAUAUAAUAUAUAGUAAAUUGUAAAUAUAAUUGGCAAAAUAUAUAUUUUAUAAUAUAUGAAUUAUUAUUUUUUUAAGGAAAUAAUUUUUUCUUUUUUUUAUAUGUUUUAUAAAGUUACGAUUAUUAUUAUUAUAUUAUGCUACUGUAUCGAUGAUGAAACGUUUCAUGACAUGAUAAUUGUAUAGUAAUACACUGUGGUAAAACUUUUAGUAUCAAGAAUCAACACGAAAUGACUGCCGUUGAGAUUCUUUAUAAAAUAUAUUCUUGCUAGAAUAUAUGCAUCGUUACGAACCCAUACGAAUUUUCAACGUUGUACGAUUAUCAAUUAUAGCAUAAUAGAAAUUCCCAAUUAGAAAUAGUUUAUAUUUCUUUUAAAAUACGUCGAUGGAUAAAAAAAAAGAAGAAAGACAAGUGGACGAUCGACGGUCUCUAUAUAAAAUGCCCGUUAACUUUGUCUUCCUCUAAAAAAAUUAAAAUAUAUCAUCAUUAACACGAACAUUUUGUUCGUUUAAUUCGUUAGUUUUCCACGCACAUUCUUCUGCGUAUGAUUAUUUUAAGAUGGCUCUCUGUUCGGCUUUCUUUUCAUUAAUAUUUAUACUUAAAAUCAGGUACAAUAUUUGUGAACAGAGAUUUUAUCCUUUCAAUUGUCAUAUAGGUAAAUAUACCGUGUUUGAUGUUAACUAUGUCUUAUACAUUCAAAGGGUUUCCAAACUUUUCGGACGUUUUCAUUCUUAUUAGGAUAUAAUCGAGGUUCCAAGAUAUAAACUUACUUAUGCUAAUGAUAAAAGUAAUAAACUACUUUUUUACGAAAAAGAAUAUAGUUAAAAGUAAAUAAAUAUUAAAUAAAUAUUUAAAUAACUUUUAAAAUAUCAAAUUAAUUGGAAAGUUGUUUGAAAACUGCCGCGUCCUUAAGUUUGGGAAUCAGUGUUUUACGUGAUAAGCACGAUUAAAUAAUUAUUACCAUUUCUCCGAUAUGUACUAAUAAUUCUUCUCGACAAGACGUAACCUUCGCAUAAAAUGAAACGUCAAUAUAUACAGUCUCUUUAUAUGUGUCUCGUAUUAUCUCUGAAUGAAAAACUUAUAAUAACGAAAGCCAAAUGAGCAUAAAAAUCAAAUUAACAUAAUGCAAAAGUCUCAGGCUUCUCGUAGAUCUGGGGGCUAAUUAAAUUAAUUAGAACUCGUCUCUACGAGGUGUUCCAUUGAAACUAUAGAAAUCAAACCUUCCCCUUUCCGAAUACAAAAUUGUAUUUGUUUUUAAGUCUAGAUGUAUACGAAACAAGAAAAAUUCGAUAAAGUUAAUAAAAGUCAGUUAAUUCAGGUAAUGAUGCCGGGUAUAUACGGUAUAUCUGUAUAAAAAAAAAUAUUCAGCGAAUACAUACGGAUCGAUGGUAUUGAUCGGUAUCGAUGAUCGUAGAUUAGUCUACAUAUACCGUGUACGUCAUAUCAUGAUUAUACAUAAAAAGAAAAAAAAAUGAAAAAAACGAAUCUAUGAUAGAAUAAGAUAGCAUUAUCUACAUUCUAUGGUUUCUUCUAAUUAACUAUUAUUAAACGUCUAUUAAAGCGUAAUUAAAUAAUAACAUGCUUGACCUCUCUUUGUGUGGAACUUGAUGGAAGUUCUUCGUGUUUUAAACGCAUUGUAACAUAGCAUAAUAAUAAUAGAAGAUAUGCUAAUGAUUAGAAGUUAAAUUGUUCUUAAAUGCGAGUUGAAGUAUGGCAGAAGGAAGCCUUAAUUGCUUUUUCAAAUUUUAAUCCAUCAUUGUACUUGCAACAUAAUCAAAAGUCUUUCCAAAAAUGUUAUUGAUCUUUUGAGUAUACCAUUCAAAGUUUUUUAAUCAUUAUGCAUCCAUGUUGAUAUAUAGAUCGUUGAUGAAUUUAAAAUCAAAUCAUAAAUGAAGAAGAAUUCUGUUCGGUACUUUUCUAUAGAAUAGUAGCGAACGAAUUUAUAUCAGAUCAAAAGAAAAAAAAAAUGAAAAAUUAGUUAGUUAAGAAGAAUUCAAAAAAAAAAAAAAAGAUAUCUUUAAUAGGAAGUUUAAGUUUUAGUUGCCUAGGCAAUCAAAUCAAAUUCAUAUUUCCAAAUUAAAUAUCUCGUAGCUCGUGCGAAAUCAUUGUCAGUAAUUUAUUUACAAGCUGACGUUAUAAUUGAACGAAAAAAUUGUAUAAUGUAUCUACUUACUUAUUAAAUAAUUGUGUAACCAUUACACAUGUAAUAAAAAUCCAAUGUUGUCAAUAAAA